CUUGAUCUGCAUUUAAAGGCAAGCUGGGCACCUGGGACUCUGUUUCUCUGGGACAUCACCCUCUGUCUGCUCCAGCAUGCGUGCUCUCCAGUUCCUGCUCAGGGUCAGCCCUGCCUUCCUGCUCCUGGUUCUCUGCCUGCAGCUGGAGAUCAACAAAGCUGAGGAAAGCAUAACCAGCUGGAAAGUGAUACAAAUGGAUCUGCAGAUGCCUACAGUAGCAGUUGCAAAUGAGGAGGUCACUGUGAAGCUUGGAAUUCAAACAGAAUUGAAAGAAUGUAUGGUGAUUAAAGCCUACCUCAGAAGCAACAUCCAAAUCGAUGGCCCAUUCAACUAUCGAUACACCAGUUGCCUCUGUGAUGACUAUCCAAGAACCUUCUACUGGGACUUAGUGGCUAACCGCACUGCAACCAUUGCAGCUGUGGUUGACAUUAUUCGGGAACUAGAUAUCUGUCCAGAAGAUAGAGCUGUGGUACCCAUCAAAUCCAACCGGUACUAUGUACUCCAUAGACUAAAUGUAUCUUAAUGGAAGCCCAUGGGUGUCCUGCCACACCUAUGUGGUUCCAAGAAAGUGUGGCUGACAUCUGUACAAUAAACUUCUUAUAUGCUUC